GAGCACACUGACACCGCACAAGGACUUGCGCCCCUCUCGGCUCUUGACCCCUCUUUUGUCCGGCGCGCGCGCAUGGGCCGCCUCUCUUUAUAAGCGACACAACCGGCCGCAACGAACCGAGUGCCACGCUCGCCGGAGAAGCUAGCCGCGCGCAGCCAGCUCUGCAUCCGCUGCGCUUCUUUGGGCGGCGCGACGGUGGGGGUGCGCGGUGGAGAUGGCGGCGGCGACCGCUUCGUCUUCGUGGGCGCAGGCCGUGAGGAGGGCGCUGCAGGAGGGCGCCGCCACAGCGACGUCGUACGCGCAGCGAGCCCAGAAGCAGGAGGCGGCGGGGUCCGCGGCGGCCACGGUGAGGUCGGUGCAGACGCUGGUGGUGAUCGUGGCCGCGAUCGUGCUCGCCGCGGUGCUGGCGGGCGUCCUCGCGCGGGUGUGCGGCGGCCGGUACGUCGUGCCCAGCGGGGACGACCGCGACAUCGAGGGCUGGAUCGAGAAGCGAUGCCGGAGCUGCCUCGACAGCGGGCUGCCGCCGCCGGCGCCGGCGCCGGGGUCGGCAAAGAUGAGUGAGGCCAAAUAGUGCUCUGUGCAUUGUGUUAUUACUGCAGUAGUAGUAUAGUAAGUAAUAGUAAUACUAGCGGCUGUGUAGGCAUUGCUGCAGGCUGCUGCAAUUCAGCCACGCAGGCUACCUGUACACGAGAGUAGUACGAGAUUAGAAUCAGGAUUAAUCCUCUCUGUAAUAUUUUUGUAAUGAUAGAUUAGUAGCCGAGAUAAACGGCCAAGAAUCGAAUGUUAGUGUCA